AUGCAGUUCUUCGCUGUCGCAACUCUCUUUGUCGUUGGCGUCCUCGCCGCGCCGUCUCCCAGCGGCUUAAACUCCCGCGACACUCUUUGCGCUGCUGGCCUUUACUCCACCCCACAAUGCUGUGCUGUUGAUGUGCUUGGAGUUGCUGAUUUGAACUGUGCAGGCCUUGUUGGCACUGUUACCACCGCCGCUGAAUUUAAAGCCAACUGCGCCGCCAUUGGCCAAGAGGCUCGCUGCUGUGUUCUUCCUGUUCUUGGCCAAGAUGUCCUAUGCCAGACUCCUCCUGGCUUGUAA